AUCGCGGCGCAGCCUUGUUUGUGCGCCGCUGUUCGCGGCGAUAAAACGGCGGUGUGCGGGCGCGAGGGGUGCAAAAGGGCUGUGGGGUCCGGGGCUCGCGGCAGCAUCACAGAGUACCGAGAAGCGCUCGAGACAGCUGAAGGUCUCGCUCAGGAUCAGUGACACGCGCAGGCCCGCAUCUGAAAGUCCGCCAUGGCCCCCACACUCGCCACCGCCCACUCCCGCCGCUGGUGGAUGGCCGUCACGGCCGUCAUCGAGAACCUGCUGUUCUCCGCCGUGCUGCUGGGCUGGGGAUCGCUGCUCAUCAUGCUCAAGUCCGAGGGCUUCUACUCCUACCUCUGCCCUGAGCCAGAGAAUCGCACCAACAGCUCGCUGGGCGCCAACCACACUGAGGAGGAGAUGGUGCGAAUGAAUGGCUGGCUGACCUGCAAGGACCAGGACGAGAUGCUGAACCUCGCCUUCACCGUGGGCUCCUUCCUGCUGAGCGCCAUCACCCUCCCGCUGGGCAUCGUCAUGGACAAAUACGGGCCGCGCAAACUCAGGUUGCUUGGCAGUGCCUGCUUUGCCAUUUCCUGCUUGCUGAUAGCGUAUGGAGCCAACAAUCCCAACGCCCUGUCCUUCCUCAUCUUCAUUGCCCUGGCACUCAAUGGCUUUGGAGGGAUGUGCAUGACCUUCACCUCGCUGACGCUGCCCAACAUGUUCGGGGACCUGCGCUCCACCUUCAUCGCGCUCAUGAUCGGCUCCUACGCCUCCUCUGCCGUCACCUUCCCAGGUGUCAAGGUGAUCUAUGACCUGGGUGUGACCUUCAUCCUCAUAUUGCUGGUGUGGGCAGCCUGUGCAGGGCUGGUCUUCAUCAACUGCUUCUUCAACUGGCCCCUAGAGCCUUUCCCCGGCCCGGAGGACAUGGACUACACAGUGAAGAUCAAGUUCAGCUGGCUGGGCUUCGACCACAAGAUCACUGGCAAGCAGUUUUACAAGCAGGUGACGACGGUGGGGAGAAGGCUCAGUGUGGGCAACUCUAUGAAGCAGAACCCCAAGGAGCUGGCAGCCCAGGAUGGGAACAAGCUGUGCCUGUCCACUGUCGACCUGGAGGUUAAGUGUCAGCCUCAGGGAGAUGGUAAGGAGACCUCCCAGCAACAGCCACUGUUGAUGCCCGUCUCAAACCCACCCUCCAUUGUGGCAUCACCCUCUCAAACCUGCCCUCCAUUGUGGCAUCACCCUCUCAAACCUGCCCUCCAUUGUGGCAUCACCCUCUCAUACCUGCCCUCCAUCCUGACAUCAGUCUACUGUGAAGAGGGAUACCUACUUCAAGAAAUGGCUUUCAAUAAAAAAAGUGUGUCCCCAGCACUGCCUGCUUUCGAACUGCCCUUGCUAAUUUCUCUCCCCCCCCCCCUCUCUCUUUUUCCAAAAAUGCUCUGCUGCUUUACAGUUGGAAGAAUGGAAGUGGUGAGUCUGUACACCACGAUCUUCGGCGUUCUGCAGCUGCUGUGCCUGCUGACAGCUCCUGUAAUUGGGUACAUCAUGGACUGGAAGCUGAAGGAGUGUGAAGACUCAGAUAGUGAGACCCAGGAGAAGGAGCCCAGCAAGGAUCAGAAUCCGCCCAAGCGUCGGGAUCGCCAGAUCCAGAAGAUCACCAAUGCCACACGCGCGUUUAUCUUCACCAACCUGCUGCUAGUGGGCUUUGGGGUCACCUGCCUGAUCCCUGACUUGCACCUGCAGAUAAUCUCAUUCAUCUUGCACACCAUAGUCAGAGGCUUCAUCCAUUCUGCUGUGGGCGGGCUGUACGCUGCUGUGUACCCCUCCACCCAGUUUGGCAGCCUGACGGGGAUGCAGUCUCUCAUCAGCGCCCUCUUCGCCCUGCUGCAGCAGCCCCUCUUCACGGCCAUGAUGGGCCCCCUGAACGGAGACCCCCUCUGGGUGAACAUUGGGCUGCUGGGGCUGAGCAUGCUGGGCUUCUGCCUGCCACUCUACCUGCUCUGCUUCCGCCGGCAGCUGGUGAGGAAGAGGAAGCAGAAGGCGGAGGACGCCAAGAUCUUCCUGAAGAUCAAUGGCAGCGGUGCGCACGAAGCCUUUGUGUAAAGUCCCCGAGAGGGGAGGGGGGGGGAGAGAGAGAGGACUCUCGGUGUCACAUGGUGUCCUCCGCGUGACUGUCCCUCACUCCGCUCGCACUCACUCACCCUUCCCAUGACACCCCUUCACAGCGCCACUUCCCGCACGGCCCCUGGCGACCAGACUGAGCAGGGCUGACUCAGGCACCCGGGUGAGCCGGGGGAAUUCUGGGAGGAACCAGCCAACCUUGUUGGGCUGAGUGUUAGGUUCUCUCUUAAUUGUAUCCUCUGUGUUUCAUUUUAGUUUUGUAGGACUUUAACUGGGGCAUAUACUGUGAAGUUCAGAGGGCACUGCCAUUUUUUUUUUAAAAAAGGAAGAGCCUAAAACUAACCUGAGUAUUUUUUUUUUGUUUUUUGUUUGUAAUCUUUUCCAAACCAACUCACAGUAUCGGGGCUUGUUUCAAAAGUCAGCCAAAACCACUGCAGACUUUUUUAGAUCUUUGCAAUACCUCUUGAACUGCAGUGUGAUAAAAUAAUUCUCUUACAGAGGCCAUGAGCAGUAAUAGAGUGCAAGAAUGGGAAUUUUGCUUCUAAAAUUGUUAGGAAUUUCACAAACACACUGAAAAGGAAAGCUGUACCUAGUGCCGUUUGUGGUUUUCCACAAAAGUGAUUAAUAGUCUUCUUCAAUAUUGGUGCUAAACCUUUUUUAUAUAGAAAAGGAUCAUUUUAAGACAAUAAAGGAGCCGGUAGGUCUAAAUGAUUAAACUGAGAUGACGUGUGUGUAUUAAGAACGACUUGGUGGCACACAGGGUCUGUUCUGAAAGGAGCAGCUUUUGCUGUGUUGCAGCAUAAUGAACAGCUGAAGCUGUUUGACAGUCGAGCUUCAUGCUUAAAAAACGAAAAAACCACUCGUACAACAACGGGAAACAAUCGACUCUAGAGCCAUGUCCCUCUUUAAUAGUCUUUUGAGUGCAAGGCGAUAGCAAUGAGCUCCAGCUGUGACCUGCAGCACCCAUCGGCCUCGGCCAGCAGCGCAGAGCUCGUAAUCGUUUUUCACAGAACGGCACGGUUAAAGCAGACGUGUUAUUGCUUAUGUGCAUGUAAGAUCAGGGCAAAUGACCACCGAGCUGUGGUAAAGAUGAUCUCUCUGGCUAUUGCAAAGAUCUUUUAAUUGUUGAUCAUGGGGGUGAUGGCCACCCCUCUGCCUGAGUAUGCCAGGAAUAAUAAUGCCCCUUGGCAGAAGAACACUCCACAGUGCUCAGAGCAUCACGGCACACUGCUGGUAAUCGGUGCUGUGUCAGUGGGUGUGCACUUCCCCACAGACAGGGGCCAAGGCAUGCGCCACUCUGCUAGAAACCACAGGUGCUAAAUCACUUCUUCUUUGAACUGGUACUGUAGACACAGACAAUUUGUUAAUAAAGAAACAUUGCUAAGAGCAGAGUUUGCACGAUACAUAACAGUAAUAGCUAUCGAUCCCUUUCACGUAGUGACUGCUUCUUUGAGGCAUUGCUGUCAUUAAUAAAGCAGCAGGUGGCUGUUUUCGGUGCCAGGGGUGAACAUCUCCAUCAGUUAUAACCGGAAAGGGGAUCCGUGUGGUGCUGUGAUUGAUCCUCAUGCAGAACAGGCUUGUUCAUUUCAAUUCAAAGAGAAAAUCCAGACAGGGUCACGUAUUUCAGCUGUCAACCCCCCCGAGAUAGCCCUCACCACUCCAGGAGCAUCUCGUUUUCUCAAAUGAUGUGCCACAACCAUGACGCCUAUCUGUAAAUAUGACUUCCAACAAGCUGCAUUCCAGCAGUGAUCCGAAGUGAUCUCUUCGUCAGUAUAGAUGAAUGUCUGAUUCAGGGUCUUACUGAUGGAAAUUAAUCAGAGAUUAUUCCUUAUAUGCAGCAUUGCAUGCUUGGUUUUGAAUACGGAUACUUAAUUUCAAACUAUUUAGAAAAACAAACUAACAAUUACAUUAAAUACAGCAAUCUGAGAAGAACUGAACUGUGCAAAACAGACAUGAUCCAGAUGAAGUCUGUUUUCAUGCAGUUCAGUGUAGGUGAGGUUGACACAAAUGCUCUGUUUUUCAGGAUGUAGAUUUGCAGCAUUUUGUUCUGACAGCCAUAAACAUGGUGCAGUUUUUGGAAGCUCUUUUAGACUAGAUAAAAGCCCAUUUUCCCUGUACUGACAGGGGUGAGAAAUGAGCUUCACAGCCAGGUGUUUGCAGUCCCUCCUGCUUCAGGGCGCUGUGUGCUGAGAGCCCAUGGGGCUUUUCGAGCCAGGACACAGGCAGGAGCCCCUCCUCUGACUGUAGCAUCAGCACUGUGCAGCUUGAGUCUCUCUGCAAUCAUGUGCUUCCAGUGCAGCAGGUCACACCUGACUGGCUGUGUAGCGAGCUGCCCAAUACACGUGUCACUCCGAAUACAGGAUAGGCUGCCCGUGCCAUAUAUGGUUCAUAGAGGUUUCUGAUUAAGCAAGAGUAAUUUGGGCAAUGUUGUAUGCUGGCUUGCUCUGGCCUGUUUGUUUGUAUACCACAUCACGAAGCUAAAUGAGGUUUUCAAAGUGAAAAUUAAUGUCUACACACUUUGCAAGCAAUAAUACUUCAAAACCUGCAGACACUACCAAAUAAGGCGGAUUCAUGAUGUGUCAGUGUGUAUUGAUAAAACUGUUUUGUCCAGUAUAUCUGUGGUCAUUUUUAAAUUUAUGUUUUUUAUCAUGUUAGUUUUUUCCCUCUAUUUCUAUAUAAACUGUAGGUUAUUUCUAUUGUAUUUAUCUGCAAUAUAUUUUGAGAUUUCCGUUGUAACUGAUGGCCUGGUAUAUGUAGAUGAAACAUUGCAUUAGGAGAAACGUGGGUAUGUGAAUCUUGAUUGGAGAAACACACCAGUCAUCCGGGGCUAUAACAGCCUGGAGGGCUAUACUGUCCAGGCAGGUGUCCUUCUCCUUCACUGCAAUAACCUGCCCUUCUUGAUGACGGGCACCGCGUGUCUAUCCAGGACAUCCGAAUGUCCUCUCCAGCUGUGAGGACCCUUAACACUCCUGGAGUGGGUCAAUCAGAGUUAAAAGCUGUUUCCUGGGCACUGAAAGCCAGGGCUCUCUGCACCUACUACAUAGAGCACUGUCAGGUGUUACUGGACACCGGGCAGCGCCAGUACAGGCCACUGACGGGUGUGCAGAGAAAUCGUCCUUUGUCAUUGAUUUUGAAUAACACUGCUUCCCCUUUCAAGAGCUCCUCAUCUCUGCCACAAUUGUGUUAACCUCCUUUAUGGAUUUUUAUUAAAAAGGCACUGGGGGAGCACAGAGACGCAGAACAGGUUUCUCUCAAAGUCCACGAUGAGCACUCCCCCCAGAAAAUUGUCUUUCCCUUUUUUUUAAACUGUCUCUCUUCUGAAGCUCCCAGACUGUGAGAUUACAGUAGCCACGCGACACUCGCAAUACACAAUUUAUAUAUACACAGCAUGUCUCGUAGUAAACCGCAGUUUUCACUGGGUGCUACAUUUGCACUACUAUUUCUUUUCAGAGGCACUUGAAAACUUCAGUGUGCUCUUAUAUUGAAAAGGAGGAAAGCCAAGAUGAAUUUGUCUGUACACCCACAAUUUCCUUACCGUGCCAGCCUAACAGCCUGUGGUCCAGAUGGAUCACUGUGUUAGCUGCUAAGUGCCUGCCACCUGUUUGCACUUUGUACUAUUCUUAUGAAAGCAGGCUUGCAGCACUAAUUUGGUGUCCCAGUUUGGAAUGGGCUGUGUUUGACUGCAAUGCCCUAGGAAAGCCUAAGGUCUACACCCAAAGAUGUCAGGGGCUGAGUAUUCAUCUUCUCCGGGGCUUGUCUGCCAUUCUCAGUUCAUUUUCACAAAUAAUGGUUAAACACAAGACGUUCUGUUGCCACGUCUGCUUUAAAACUAUAAAGCAGGAGGCCAAACCAGAUUUCUAUUCAAGGGCAAAUUCAUUCUUUUCUUCCUGUCAUGGAAAUGCAUAAGGCUGUGAAACUUACUCUAAAAACUAGAUCUGGCUCUGAGUACAGCCAGACCCUCCCUGCCACCUACACAGGUGUGUAUUUCUGAGCUCAGAGAGUCCCUUUGAAUAGAAACUCUUUCGGCCUGGUACUUUGUUUGGAAUCUCUUCCUUGGAAUGUCAUAGCCAUAUCCAGAAACAAAAACGCCACGUGUUUCCCUUUCAGUUGUCACUUUUGUGGACAACUCUCUAGAGAAUUCAACAAAAUAGGAAGUUAAGAAUAAAGCCAUUUCCUUCCCCUUUACUUUUAUGAAGCCAACAGAAAAGUGAACUUCAAAAUAGUCAAGUAAUGUUCUCAUACAGAAAAAAAAGCUUUUGUUAUUUUUGCCCGGGGAAUUGUCUGAAAUGAUCAGCCAAGAAGCUUUGUUUCUGACUUUGCCAUUAGAAAUGAGUGUGUUUUGUGAUCCUUUCAGGCUAAUAAGAGGAUUCCUGACUUUUUACAAGGAACAGCAAGGGCUUCAACUACCUUUUUGCUUGGUGUGGGGUUUCUGUGAUGAACAGAAUGUCACCUGUAUGUGUUGGAAUGCUUCGUGCCUCCUGCUGAAUCAGAGCAGACCUCUCGCACUGUAGCCAUGCAGCUGCCCAGAGCUCUGCUGCUCACUGCGGGCUUCCUGCAGCUCCUCGAUCCCUUGUGACCCGCACACAUGCACCUUAACUGGGAGCAGGUAUCCGCCAAACUAGCCCUGCACUGCAUUCUGACCAAACACGAGUGCUUGUGUUUCUGCAGCUGUGGUGACGCGUGCACUUUUCACUUUAUAUUUACUUGCCUUUCAGCAAAAGAAAACAGUGUUUUCAGCUGUUGAGGAAUUGUGCAAUAUGAUUUCAUUAGCUACAGCAGAAUACAACUCUUUGUUCAUUCUCAGUAGUUAAAGUCAUAAACUUGAAAACUUGAUACUCAUCAUUUCAUUUAUUCUGGAGUAGCUGCUUUUGAGACUACUGUUAAUUCUGAUGACUUUUCUAUGUUUAACUUUUCCCUUUAGUUUGCUGGUACUGGUUCUCAGUCUAAAAAGUAUAAAAGACCAGCAAAAGCCUACAAAACCACAUCUGCUCUGUGCUGCUGCACUUUCUACAGGGGGUGUCUGUAAAACUCCCUGUUGGCUAGAUCUCCUGCAAUCUCUCUUCGAAUGUAAACCGUCCCACCUCUUUCAAGACAGCUGCAUGGGAAUAUUUCAGUUGUAAACGCAAAGAUCAGAAUAAAUUCAUGUGCAGACUGGUCUACAUCUCUGUGAGAGGUCUGCCCUGUGGGGAACUGGUGUCAGAGAUCAGCCGAGCUCUUGGAACAUUGAAGCUGUGUUGAAUUAGUUCACCUCCUGUAGCCAUUGAUAGUAUUUUCUUUAACAUUAUGUAUGCAAUACACAUUAAUACGCAGAUGGGCUGCAGUGAUGUAAUUCAUGUGUGUUUUACAGCACAGCUGGUAGUGUUGUUAACAUUGAAUACUGUGUGUCUGGGCAGGCCAGGCCUCACAGACACUGACCAUGUGCUGAAGUGCCUGGAGUUCUCUUCUUCUGGAUCAAUUCCCAUGUGCUUGUAGCCUCAUAUGUGGCUUGGACAGCACCCUUCCCACUGACCUCGUGGGUGACAGAGAGAUGGCUCGGGAAUUGGAUGGGACGCAUGUGGAUAUUUAUUUUCCUUGAGAUCAGCACUUUCAUGUCAUCAGCAUUCAUAUCAUGUCUUCUUUUUCUGUUUCAAAAAGACAACCUGGUUUAGUAUUGAAGAACUGAUAUUUUGAACUGAUAUUGCAACGGGACUGCUGUGUAUCAGAAUACAAAGGGUUAGUCUCAGCAGGAGCAGACUAACUCCACCGGCAGGCAAGAUGGAUUUCAAAUGACACUGCUAGUUUUGUGUGGUUGUGAUUGUUGUACUCUUUUUCCAACUAUGUUUUUGUGCGAUUAUUCACUUGAAAAAUCUUGUUUUCUCACGUGUCAAUUUUUUUUACAUAUAUGCAUUUCAGUAACUGACUCUUUUAUAACAAUCGUCACUGUUUGAGAAAGUUCUCUUUUUAGUUUUUUUUAACUCUUGGUCAUUUAAUGUAUUUUCUUGUAUGAUUCUAGUCUUUAUUGUUCAUCUAGAAAAAAAUCACUUAUAUGACAAAUAAAUAUAAGCUCAAAGUAAUUUGUUUAAAAAUGUG